AUGACUUCCCACGUGGUCACAGAGGAGAAACCCCUCCCACUCGCUUUCUUCCAGCAAAUUGCCAAUGCUAGCGCUCUAGAUGAGAUUUCCAACAGCACCGGCUCCGUACGUUUCCACAUCUUCUGGCACGGCAAUCGAAAUAGGGAUACAAACAAACUUCUGACAUCGCUGAUGUUCUUCGUUUACCAAACUACACGACAUGGGCCGCAGAAUGGAUUCCGAUUAUGUCUUGUACAUCCUGGGUUCCAUAUACCAUCCCCCGAUAAAAUUUAUGGCGACCCAGAGGACGAUAUCGAUCGUCUAGAGAAGACUAUUCCACAAGGACAUAUGGAGAUUUUUGUCUUGGGUGAUGCACCCAUCCACACUUCAGACGAAGAAAUUGGAUUUACGGGCUAA